AUGGCUGACGAGAAGACCUUCCGUAUCGGCUUCAUCGUACUGGGCCUUUUCCUGCUAUCCCUCGGCACGUUCCUCAUGAGCCACGACCGACCCCAGGUCUACGGCACCUUCUACGCCAUGGGCAGCAUCAUGGUGAUCGGGGGCGUCAUCUGGAGCAUGUGCCAAUGCUAUCCUAAGAUCACCUUCGUGCCGGCAGACUCUGACUUCCAAGGCAUCUUGUCCCCAAAGGCCCUGAGCCUGAUGGAGAACGGGCUUUCAGAGAAACUGAGAAGCACAAAUCCCAGCCCCCAACCCCCCUAUGUCAGGCUGUGGGAAGAAGCUGCCUAUGACCAGAGCCUUCCAGAUUUCACUCACAUCCAUAUGAAGGUCAUGGGCUACAGUGAGGAUCCCAGGCCCCUGCUGGCCCCUGAGCUGAAGACGGGAACCAGCAGUGGCAGGGAGGGGGAGCCUCGUUCUGCUCAGGCCUGGAUGGAUGCUUCGGUGGUGGUCCACAGGAGCUCAGAUGAGAACGAGGGAGGAAGAUCCCGUACUCAGAGCAGCCCCGCAGUGUCUUCCCAAGGCCCUGCACCCUUGGCCUCGUUCCAAGACGACCUGGACAUGGGCUCCAGCGACGGCAGCAGCCCUCAUCCGUCCCCACCGGACAGGGAUGAGCCGAAGCCGCAGCCGCAGCCGCCCUGGGCCAGCGGAGGGCCACUGGAUCGCUUCAGUGACUUUGCUCUGAUUGAUGACGCCCCCACAUCAGAGGACAGGGUCCCGGAGGGGCCGGUUCGGGGGGCGGCUCUGCCCAGCAAGCAGCAGCCAUCCCUGACGAUGAAGAAGAAGGAGACUGCAGAGGAACCGGAGCAGGAGGAGGAAGACCUGUACUACGGGCUUCCAGACAGCCCUGGGGACCCCCUCCCUGACAAAGAGUUGGGCUUCGAGCCCGAUGUCCACGGCUGA